AUGGUAAUGAGUGAGGUGAUGACAGGCACAACCAUUAUUGCAAUCAAGUAUGCAGACGGGAUACUUGUUGGAGCAGAUUGCAGGGUGUCAGCUGGGAACUAUAUUGUAAAUAGAGUGAUUAGUAAGCUUGCGCCGCUUUCUGACAAAAUCAUUGUGUGUAUGUCUGGAAGUGCUGCAGAUGCAGGCAUAGUCAGGGACUAUGUAAAGACAUCGCUAGACAUGUACACACGACUUGAAGAUGGAGUUCCUAUGGUGAAGAAGGCGGCAACGCUUGCUAGCAAGAUAAUUUACGAAAAUCCUGAUCUUUUAGCCGGUCUUAUCGUGGCAGGAUAUGAUGAAAGUGCAAGGAUCUUCAGUAUUUCGCUUGGAGGUAGUUUAGUUGAGCAAGAAUGGGCAAUUUCAGGAUCUGGGUCGGCCUAUAUAUAUGGAUACUGUGAUAUGAACUGGAAAGCGGGGAUGAGCCUCUGGGAAGGGAUAGCGUUUAUAAAGGAGGCUGUUUUGUGUGCGAUUAAUAGAGAUAAUGCGUCUGGAGGAUGCAUAAGGAUCUCGUCGAUUACUGAGACGGGGGUGCAGAAGUAUGUCUACAAUGGAAAUAAUGUGCUACAAUAA